UGAAAAUAUAGUAUUUAUUUGCCACAUCGGCCAUCACGCCAAAGUUUCAAUCAAGCACGUCAUCAUGCACAUAUUAUAUUAUACUAUUAGAAAAUUUUGUGUGCUUCAGGAAGAGUAAAGACAGUGUUCCAUCAAAGAAAAGGAAUAUUACAUACUAUUUCCAUGAGGAAUGGGGGAGUGAAUUUUUCUUCACCAAUGUAAGAAGAAGAUGUGUGUGCCUAAUUUGCUUCGCUAGCGUUGCUGUCAGUAAAAGAUGCAAUGUUGAGCGCCAUUUCAGUCAAGUUCAUGGUAACUUUGCACAGGAUUUUCCUGUGGGUAGUGUUCUACGACCUGAAAAAGUGAAGCAGCUGAAAGCAACAUUAUAACAACAAUCUUUAUUCACCAAAACGAUUAAGAGAGGAAAUGUUGUAACAGAGGCAUCAUUUAAAGUGGCGCGCAUCUUGAAAAACACAAGAAGCAGUUCACCGAUGGUGCCAUGGUGAAGAAAGCGAUGACUGCGAUGGCCGAAACUUUGUUCAGGGACCACAAAAGCAAAACAGAAAUUAUGUCCGCUAUCGCUGAUGUCCAGCUCAGUGCCAACACAGUGGCAAGGAGAGUUUCCUUGCUGUCUUCAGAUGCGAUGGGACAGUUAGAACAGGACAUGCAAAGGUGUAAAUGGUUUUCAUUUCAAUGUGAUGAAUCGGUGGACUUGCGUUACACAGCCCAGUUGGUUGUUUUUGUUCAAAUGGUUUUUGAUGAUUUUUCCACCAAAGAGGAGUUUUUUACAUUACUUCCUCUGAAAACCACGACCAGAGGAGUCGACAUCUACAAUGUUUUGAAGAACUACUACAUGGAAAACAGCAUGCCCCUUGAAAAGCUGGUGUCUAUGACAACAGACGGAGCUCCAGCCGUGAUAGGACGCCACUCUGGAGUUAUUGCACAUUGCAAGGUCGACCCAGACUUUCCUAAAUUUCUGAACUAUCACUGCAUCAUUCAUCAGCAGGCAAUCUGCACUACGGUUAUGGGUUUUGAUCAUGUCGUGACACCGGUUAUUCUGAUUAUCAACUCGAUUCGAGCAAAAUCCAAACAACACAGAUGUCUCAAACUGUUUCUUGAUGAAAUUUCUGCAGAGUGUGACGAUCUCCUCCUUCACACAGAAGUCAGAUGGUUGAGUAGGAGUAAGGUACUUCACCACUUUAUUUCCUUGCUGAGUGAAAUUAAGGCUUUUAUGGAAGCAAGGGUGGAGGACACUAACCUGUUGUCUGAUGCUGGAUGGCUGCUUGAACUUGCAUUAUUGGCUGAUGUGACAGAGAAACUGAAUCAGCUCAAUCUUCAGUUGCAAGGUGCAAAGGUCAACUGAAGAUGAGUGUGGAUGCUAAACAGUUGUAGCAAAGGAGUAAAGCUUUGGCAGAGUAGAAGAUAGAGUUCAUGUGUGUGUUUCUAAUACAAUAUAAUGCUAUAUGUGUAUGUGUUAAGGUGAGAUGAGAAGAGACCUCCUAAGGACUACUUGAUAGCAGUAUUGUCUCUCGUCACAGAUGGGCAGUGCUUGAUAUGGCUGGUAUGAAUCCACUGGGGUUGUGAAUUCAUCAGGACAGCAGUGUGGGUAACAGCCACCACACAUGUAGGAGGGCUGAAGGCUGCUUCCCCAACCUUUCGUGGAUUCAGACUUUUAAGGAGAACUGCGUCAGUGUUACACAGAAGGUCCACAUGUGUGUUUUGAUGAAGGUAUAAGGUCAGUUUAUUUCAAGAACACUUUCAAAACUAGCGUAUUGAACAACUAUUGCUGUUCAAUACAGGGAACAACAACACACAUCCUCCUCAACCUGUCUCACAAUUACUCUCUUGUUCUUUCCCAAUCUCGUGAUUCUACAGAUCUGUCUGCCAAUCUCGUAUGCCAAGCUUAAGCUUAAAAGUCACAGACGGACAUUAUACAUACUACUGUGCAGAUAGAGCAUCAAAAGAACGGAAACAUUAAAUGUAAUUACCAGACCUGAAAGAAUGUAGAAAAAUACAACAACUGUGGAAUUUAAAUGAAUGUUUUAAAUUUGCUGAAAUUAAAUAAAAUUAUCCAUCCAUCCAUCCAUCCAUCUUCUAUACUGCUUAAUCGUUUUUAGGGUCACGGGGAACCUGGAGCCUAUCCCAGGGAGUAUCGGGCGCAAGGCAGAGUACACCCUGGACAGGGUGCCAAUCCAUCGCAGGGCACACAAACACAUACACACAUUCACACACCCUAAAUAAAAUUAUAUUCGAGAUUAAAUAAAUUUGUGCAAGGAAAGGGUGAGUAAGCUGUUCAGUGGAUAAAGAGAGAGAUAUAUAGAGAUGAGUAUAGUCACCUGGGUUACCCUUUGUCCAUGGAUUGGGAAAUGGUCUGCCCAUAAUGAACUCAAAAGGAGACCAUUUCAUUUUCUGAUUAGAUGUCAAAUCAAAGGUCAACCCAAUUGCUGGAGGGAUUCUCUAGGGAGGUGCCUUUUGAUGGUAUGAUUCUUUCUUUCCACGAUCCCUGAACUUUGUGGAUGAUAUGGGAUGUGGAAUUGCCAAUCAAUCUUCAGAUAUUGCAAAGUUUGUGUGUUACCUUAGAAACAAAGGAUGUUCCAUUAUCACAAUCAAUAACCUGAGGAAUACCAUAGUGCAGGAUUAUUUCUUUGGCUACAAUUUUAACAACGGCGUUGGCAUUUUCUUUUGAGUAUGGGAAAGCGUCUACCCAUUUGGAGAAUUUGUCCACAGUAACAAAGUAUUUGAGACCUCUGACAGUUGGCAUGUGUGUGAAGUCAAUUUGCAAUGCCUAAAAGGGGCCACUAGGUGGUGGCAGUGCAUCAUGUUUGGCGUUUUUUUUUUUUGUACAUUUGCUCUAGCACAGGUCAGAUGAUGGUAUAGCCAAGAUCACAACUCUUCGUGCAGAAAAUAAAAAAGUUAAUUUUUUUGAAAAUAAAAAACUUUUCAGUGAAAGUCUCUACGAUGACUGCGUUUGCAGAAAACAUCACAGACUAAAACGAUGUGAUAUUUUCAAGCCAAACUUCAACAAUGCCGAAAAUAAAAGAUCACUUAUCUCCAUCCAUAUGUCCCAUUUCUGACACCAUUAAACUGUAAAGCCUCAGAAUUAAAUUCUUGGACCCAUGCUACUAUUACCUUCACAGUACCGAGCUUGGGAAGAAAUCACACAGACACAGAAUUCAGUGAAAGAUUCUUAGUUUAAUGCUGAAAUUAUCAGAAUAUAUAUAUACUGAAUAUAUAUACAUAUACAGACUUCUGUGUACUCAGAUAAGAUGUACACACUAUCAGAGAGAGAGAGAGAGACUUUUGACGAUCCUUUAUUUAUCACACGUCACACUAUACACAUUAAAGUCAAAGGUGACUCAAUAAAUAAAUAUUUAAAGGAGCAUUAAAAAGAAAAACCAUAAGUGAAUAAAAUAAAUAAAUAAGUCAGCGCAAUAACAGAUAGUUGUUAAGAACAUUAUCAGCCUAAUACUGGUGUAAAACAAAGUUCUCCCUCCACUACAGAACACAGAGCCUACUCAUAACACCACACUGCCUUGAACAUCUCCAAGUCUCCCAUACUCCUGUAAAAGUUCAAAUCAAAAUUCUUGAUUUGAUCAGUCUGGA